AGACGGGCUGCAGAGGAGCGGCUGGGCCCGGGCUGCCAGGCUGGGCUCUCACCGCCCUCCGCUCCUGUCCCAGGUGGGGCCUCGCAUCGCACCGGCGCCGUGAUCGGAGCAUCCCUGGGGCUCGCGGUGGCAGCAGGAGCUGCGGCUGCCACGGCCUUUUACUGCUGGAGGAGGAGGAAAGGUGGGAAACCCCCCUACACCAUCUCCAAGGUGAAGGGGCCAAAGCAGUGCCUGCUGGGCCAGGAGGUGACCCUGCGCUGCUGCAUGGAGGGGACCUUCCCCGAGGACACGGCCGUGACGUGGGAGCGGGUCCAGGGCGAGGACGGGACGGCCACCGAGCCGCACGGGGACACGGCCGACCCCGAGCGCCUGCCGCUGUUACGCGCCCUGCCCCCGGGCUGGACCGCGACGCAGGAGAGAAGCGCGACCGGCCUCACGGCCUCCCUGACCUUCACCGCCGCGGUGCAGGACGACGGGGCGCGCGUCCGGUGCUGCUUCCACCACGGGGCCAAGCGCAUCAGGGAGCAGCGGGAGUCCCGGGAGAUCCGGGUGCGGGGUGAGUGCGGCCGGGCUCCCCGGCACAGGGGACAGUCAGGGGAGCUGCCUGAUGGAGCUGGGGGACGGCCCUGA